UGGCAAGGAAUGAUGCAAAUAUGGAGACACUAGUAGAUCUUGGAGCCCUGGAACUUCUUGUGGAGUUGGGAAGAACUGGCGAUCAGACUGAGCAGAAUGAGAGUGUUGCAGCACUUUGGGCGUUAUGUUUCGAUGAAGAUAACCAGUCACUGAUUACGGGAAAAGCGGAACUUGGUGUUGUAGAUUUACUAGUAGAUUUAAAGCACUCGGAAAAUGAUAGUAUAAAGAAUUCAUGCAAUGGUGCAUUGUGGACAUUGAGAGAUGCUUUAAAGAAAUCAGUUUGUGAAAAAUACAAGAAAAUUGGUGAAGAGUUAGCUUCAAAGAAGGAAAACGUCAAUAUACUAAGAAGUAGGAAAGAAGCAGAAUCAAAUGAAGGACAUGUCAUGAUUUCAUACCAGUGGGCUGAUCAGCAUGUGCUGAAAAGUGUACGAGACAACAUCAAAGCUAGAGGAUAUAAGGUGUGGAUGGAUAUCGACAAGAUGAGUGGGUCCAUUCUCGAUGCGAUGGGUAAUGCUGUUGAAGGUGCUGUCGUGUUCCUUAUGUGUAUGUCUAACAAAUACAAGCAUAGCUCAGCUUGUAGAGCUGAGGCUGAAUAUGCGUUCCAGCUUCGCAAGAAAAUCAUACCCCUGAAGAUGGAACCUGGUUACAAACCAGAUGGGUGGCUAGGAGUUUUAUGUGGUGCAAAGUUAUACUUUGAGUUUAGCCCAAAAUAUGCAUUUAAAGACAAGAUGAAAGCAUUGCUCAAAGAACUUAAUCAAGUCUUUGGUGAAACUGCAGACACACCUGAUUCAGGGGAGAUAAUUAAACCUCAAACUGCAGUAGUUACCCAGCCAGCUGGAGCACAUGUAGUGGAACAUCCAGACACUGCCUCCACUUUGAGUGGAACAGUUGCUAGGAUAACUGUUUCCAAGACAACCAUUGAUAAAGUAAGGAAAUGGUCCAACACUGAUUUAAAAAAUUGGAUUGAAAGGAAUGGUUUGCAAACAUGUGGCAUCAAUGGCCUGACAGGGGGAGAGAUAGCACUUUUAGCAAGUAUGCGUGUGGAGUGCCCAGAAUUCUUCUACAAAUGCCUACAAGAUAUGCUCAAAGUGAAAGACUUGCUUACAAUGUCCAAGAUAGUUUGGGCUUUACAUGAUCUAUCUUAG